GGCCAAAUAUUACCUUUCUGUGCUUUCAAAGGUUCAAGAUGAGAUUGGCCAUCGCUCUCCAGCUGAGCCUCAGCGCCCUGUGUUCAACUCUGGCAUUUUUCGAUGGAGGAUUGGGAGCAGUACUGCCUGAACCUGCUGCUGUAAACUGCCAGUGGAGCCGCUGGUCCGAAUGGAGUUCUUGUGAUCCUUGCACAAAGAGCAGAAGGCGUUCACGAGGCAUAGAGGCGUUUGGCCAGUUUGAUGGGGAAUCCUGCAUGGAGUCAAUAGGUGACAGACAGGCCUGCCAACCGUCAGAAUCAUGCUUGACUCCAACUCCUUAUCCUUGCAAACAAUCGGAGUUCCGGUGCACUACAGAGCUGCAAACAUGCAUCAGAAAGAGACUAGAAUGUAACGGGGACUACGACUGCGAAGAUGGGUCGGAUGAAGACUGCGAGCCAACCCGCACGCCCUGUGGGGCGUCUGUCUUUGAAAAUAAUGAGCAAGGCAGGACAGCAGGAUAUGGGAUCAACAUCUUAGGUGCAGAUCCUCGAAGGAACCCCUUCAAUAAUGAUUACUUCAAUGGGAGAUGUGAUAGGGCGAGGAAUCCAUACACGGGGAAGUACGACAGACUUCCCUGGAAUGUGGGUGUGCUCCAGUAUGAGACACUAGUGGAAGAAACUGCCUCCAAAGAAAUCUAUGAGGACACAUACUCCAUUGUGAAAGAAAUGCUGAAAGAGACGACCUUUAAAGUUGAUGCUGGAUUUUCCUUCAAAUUUACUGCAACUGAACCAUCCCUGGCAAACACUACUAUUGGUGCUGAGGCAGGGGCUGAGUUCUCAAAAAAAAAUGUUCUAAAAGAAGUUACAGAGUACUCUGUCAUUAAGAACAAGAGCUUUAUGAGGGUAAAAGGUAGAGUACAGCUGAGCACCUACAGGAUGCGCUCCCGUGAGCUCAACGUUGCUGAGGAGUUCCUAAUCCAUGUUAGAUCCCUUCCUGUGGUAUAUGAAAAGGGAAUUUAUUUUGCCUUUCUGGAAGACUAUGGAACCCACUACACAAAAAUUGGAAAGUCUGGUGGUGAAUAUGAGUUGAUCUACAUUCUAAACCAGGAUGCCAUCAAGGCAAAAAAUAUGACACAAAGAGGCGUCCAAACCUGCGUCAAAGCGGGGAUCUCAGCAGACUUUGGUUUUCCAACUGGAGGUAGUGCAACAGCACACGUCCGACCUGAGUACUGUGACAACCCAACAAAUACCCAAACAGCUACUGCUGAAGGAAAGGCAUUGGUGGAUAAGGUGAUGACUUCAGUCAAAGGAGGAACUCUUGAGACCGCUGUUACUAUGAGGGCUCAACUUAACAGGGAGGGGGUCAUGAAUAUAGAUGCAUACCGAAACUGGGCCAGGUCCAUUGCAGAUGUCCCUGCUCUGAUUAACAGUGAGGCUGAGCCCAUCUAUAACUUGAUUCCACUGGACACGCCCGAUGCAAAUAACAGAAUUUCAAAUCUAAAGAGGGCUAUAGAAGAGUAUGUUGCUGAAUACAACAUAUGCAAGUGUAAGCCAUGUCAAAAUGGAGGUACUCUUGCCCUGAUUGAUGGAAAGUGCAUUUGUAUGUGUACUGGCCAAUUCGAAGGCCUGGCCUGCCAGAACUACAGGGCAGAUAAGGCUGCAAACCAAGCAGGCCAAAGGCCCACCGUGCUUCAGGAAGGCAACUGGUCCUGCUGGGGGCCCUGGUCCCCGUGCAGUGGAGGGAAACACAGUCGGACACGUCACUGCAGAACCGAUGGACUCAGUGAAACUGUCAAAUGCAGAGGAGAAGCUACUAGUGAAGAAUACUGUUGAAAAGCAUGAUUUGUUUCUCAAUAUCCUUGUCUGUUCAAGUAUGAACUUAACUAAUAAAAUCGACAUAUUAGGCAAAAUCUGA